AUGUCUGCAGAUCGGGCAGCGUCCAAAAGACGCUGUGUCAGUACAGCUUGCAUUGCUUGUCGCAGGAGAAAAUCAAAGUGCGAUGGAAACUUACCCAGCUGCGCUGCAUGCUCCUCGGUCUACCACACAUCUUGCGUUUACGAUCCAAACUCUGACCAUCGUCGCAAAGGCGUCUAUAAGAAAGACGCCGACACGCUGCGGACGCGGCACACAACGCUGCAAACAUUGUUUCAGGCGUUGCUGAACUACGACGAAGACGAUGCAUUCGACCUGGUGCGCGAGAUCAGGUCAUGCGACGAUCUAGAGGCAGUCGCUCAAUCUGUCAUUUCGCGGCAGAGUGGCCUUCUCUCGGCCCCAGAGGAGAGGGACCCGACUAGCGAUGACAACCCAUCUGAGGUUGACCGAUUCGAAUAUGAGUUAUCGGGUAAAAUGAGCGAACUUAUGCUUGAUGGCUCACGCAAAUUCAUCGGCGGCACAUCAAAUCUCAUUUUUCUGCCCCCCGACUCGGAAUCCCACGAGUCGGCUUCAGUCGCCGAGAAUAUUCUUGGUCCGGUCAAUGACACGAACCUCAUCAGACGAUGGACGCGAGUAACUGAGGAUGAUUUACUCAUUAGCCAUCUACUGACCAUGUAUUUCGCCUGGCACUAUCCUUUUUUUACUAUCCUUGCGAAAGAUGUCUUUUACAGGGACUUGAAACGGGGCAUACCUAGCCAGUAUUGCUCUGCCUUGCUCGUUAAUGCCAUGCUAGCCCUUGGUUGCCAUUUCAGCUCAUGGCCGGGCGCAUUUACAGAUCCUGGUGAUAUCGCAACAGCCGGCAACCAUUUCUUCAAAGAAGCUAAGCGACUGAUCCACGAAAACGACGAGCACGAAAAUGCAAAGUUGUGUACAGUCCAAGCUUUUGCUCUCAUGUCUGUCCGCGAGGCUGGGUGUGGUCGUGAAGGUAAAGGCUGGGUGUACAGUGGCUUGAGCUUUCGCAUGGCAUUCGAUCUAGGUUUGAAUGUCGACGCUUCCAGCCUGGGGGCACGCAAUCUCACCGAUGAGGAAGUCGAUGCUCGUCGGAUCACCUUCUGGGGCUGCUAUCUCGUUGAUAAAUGCUGGUCAAAUUACCUUGGCCGUCAGCCACAGUUGUCUUCGUCCAACACAAAUGUGCCCAAGUUUGAUGUCCUGCCACAAGAGGAGACCGAGAUCUGGUCACCAUACACAGACGCUGGCGUGGGCCAGGAGCAUACACAGCCUUCCCGUAUAAGAGCGGUCGCUCUACAAAUUUCGAAGCUGUGUGAAAUCAGCAAUGAUCUGCUUAAAUACUUUUAUCACCCUUCAGAUUUGGAAAAAUCCCAGUCAAAACAAUCGGAGUUGAAAAAGCUAAGUGAUGUUCACACUCGGCUUGAAACGUGGAAAAAAGAAUUACCGCGGGAAUUUGAACCGAAAGAAGGACAGCUUCCCCAGGUUUUUGUCAUGCACAUGUUCGAACAAUUGCUCCUCAUUCACCUAUAUCGGCCCUUUCUCAAGUAUACCAAGGCAACUACUCCACUCCCCUCCCACGUAUCGCCUCGCAAAUUCUGCACCCAGGCUGCAUCCAUCAUAUCGAAGCUUUUGCGCAUGUACAAACGCACCUACGGAUUGAAACAAAUCUGUAAUAUUGUUGUAUACAUUGCCCACACAGCGUGCACCAUUCAUCUUCUCAACCUUCCUGGAAGGAACCCCGAACGCGAUAUCAUUCAUGGGCUUCGGAAUCUCGAGGAAAUGGCCGAUGGCUGGCUGGCGGCACGUCGGACCUUGCGAAUUCUAGACAUCUCUGCCAAUAAGUGGCACGUCAAGCUACCGGCCGAGGCGAUUUCCAUAUUCGAACGCACCCAUGCCAAAUGGGGGUCAUGGGGUUCAUGGGACCAAGCAACGUCGCCUUCCACAUCAGAAGACUCCCCAAUGAUACAUAAUGCCUUACAUCCACCAUACACCUACCCAGAUGGACCUCAAUCCCCAGGAAACCCCGUUCCAUCUGGUCUACGCAGAGAAUCCCUUAAUCCAAACCCCGUCAACAUGAUGGGAGUCUCGAUAGGCCCCCAGUAUCCCAACGCGACCAUGCCCCCUUCAGUUCCGCCAAUGGGCCCAGCCCGUCAUAUGCCGAUUCCAACAACCCAGAGGGCCGACUAUGGGAGCCCCGAAUCAGCAUAUACACACCCCGCCCCGCAAGUCAGUUACCAAUUGUCACCCCUAGCAACCUCUGGCCCCUCCGCAGCACCAUCACCUGUUGCCCAGAGUGCCUGGUAUGGUCCAGCUGGGAACCAGAUCAGCUCUACACAAUCCGCGCUGUCUCCAAACUCGAAUUCAUCUGUUUCCGGUUUUGACGGGACUGACCAUCUAGUGGAAGAAAGCCACGACUGGUGGAACCGAAAUGCUGCCGUGGCACUGGGCCUCGGCACGCCGGGCGUGGAGAAUUGGGGUAUUGGAUGGAACACAUCUAUUCCAGGCCAGUCUUCCCAUAUUCCAUAUGACAAUAAUGGUCAUCUCAUGCCUAUGGCUCAUCAACACCCCCGUCCCGCCGUUGCGGAUCAAGAAGCACAGGCCACAAGUGGAUUAUCCAAUAUGGCCUCGCCAGCUGAGAAUAGGGCACCGGCAUACAGUGGUCAGUGGUCAUAA